AAAUAUCUCAAGCAUUUACAUCUAAUCCUCUCUCUGUCUCAAGAACUCGAUAUCAGUUUCUCCAUCUUAAAAAGAUAUAUGGUGAUUGAGGGUGUAAGCAAAUUACUGUUACGAUUUCGACAUAAGUAAGAACUGUGGUUCUCCUGGAUUCUCCCUCCCCCAAAUCUUUCCAUCGUUCCUGAGAUUAUUAGUGGAAGAGAAGGAAUCAUGGAUGAGGGAAAAUCCAUGGACGGAUCUUGCUAUUACUCUGUUCUCGGAAUCCGGAAGGAAGCUUCAUCCUCUGAGAUUCGAUCUGCGUAUCGGAAGCUCGCUCUGGAAUGGCAUCCGGACAAGUGGGCAAAAACUCCGUCGCUCGCCGGAGAUGCUAACCGGAAGUUUCAGAAAAUCCAGGAGGCUUAUUCAGUGUUAUCGGAUCAAACAAGAAGGUCGAUUUACGACGCCGGAGCCCUUGAUUUACUCGACGACAUCGAUGACAAAGAAGGCAUGGGAGAUUUUUUGCAUGAUUUGAUGAAGAUGAUGGACCAAAACGCUGGGGCUGAGGUGGAAAGUCUAGAGGAUUUACAAAAGACGUUUGUGGAGAUGUUCGGUGACGAUUUGAGGGAGUUCAUGGAGAACCAAGAUCAAACGGCGAGGAAGAGGCCACGUGUAUCGAUGGAGAAAGCCAACAUGCCAAGAACGAGGGCUUGCCGCUAGGGUCGUAUUGUAUCUUUUUAGGUCUGACGUCAUUUCAGUUAAAUAUUAGUAAAUGUUAAGGGGAUGGUAUGAAGGGUAGUUUGGUAAAUGUCAUGAUUUGGACAUGGAAUCUUUUGAUGUUGUUACCUUUUAGAACAAAAAUCACAUUUCACCUUCCUAAUCAA